AUGUCUGACAACGACAACGACGGCCAAAUUAUCGGCUACGCUGAGCCGUGGAUUGUAUCCCCUGGGGAGUUGGUUGAUAUAAAAGUUUCGUCCACAGAGAAAGAAUAUUCGCACCGUUUAGUACGCCUCAUUCAGGGUUAUCGCGGUGCUCACGCUCCUCCGAUUGUUGAAGAAGAGAUCCCGGAGGUCCCGACGGGACAUCGGGAUGAUGGCUGUUAUCAACAUGCUUUCCCUGGGUCUUAUGCUCUCGUAUCAUCCUGGGCUAAAGUACCUUACUCGGCUGGAGAUAGUUUGGAAGUACAUUUCUAUGUGCAGCCAUACUUGCUUGAUGUUGACCACUACUGUCAAACUAUCCUGUCCUGUCUCGACAUAAUUUCUGGAACCGGAUUCGCAGUAAUUUUACGGGACGCGAAAUUCGAAUUUCUCAUCGGCACUGGAGGCACAAUUGAGGUGUUCAAGAGCCAGACCCCCGUUAACCGAUGGCGGUGGCUCCAAAUCCGCAUGAGUCUUGUCCGCCAGACGUUCACCGCGAGUAUUCAGCAGUUGAACCGUCUAGCAGAAAAAGCCCCUACCCAGGAAACUAUGAGAGAAACAUUAUUAGCACCUAUGUCUUUGGGACCGAAUCCUUUACUACUUGGUGCUGGCAUGUUCGAAACGAUAGAUCGACAGAUGCCCACUCCCUCGUGCUUUUUCAACGGCCGACUCGACUCCCCUGUUUUCAUUAUAACAGGCACCACUGUUGCUCGGUACGACUUCUCUAAGGGCAUACCUAGCGACUCUAUCAUGGAUGUUUCCGGAAAUAAUCGACAUGGUGUUCUGAUCAAUGCACCAACUCGAGCUGUCAAAGGCCAUGACUGGGACGGUUCUGAACCAGAUUGGACCAAAGCAUCAUACGGAUACGGUGCGAUCCAUUUCCAUGAAGACGAUAUAGACGAUGCGAAAUGGAAAACAAAUUUCUCUCUUACCAUUCCAUCAAGUGCCCGCUCUGGUGCAUACGCCGUCGAAGUGAAAUGCGAAGGUGGAAAACGCGACUUGAUUACCUUUUUCGUCCGUCCCAAUCCCGAGUCAAAGGCAAAGGUGGCGUUAGUUCUCACGACAUUCACAUACCUCGCCUAUGCAAAUGAACGGAUGUUUGAUCAGACUCGAUCGUCAGCGAUGACAACUCCAGAGGGGGUGAAUAUCAGCAGCGGAAACGAAUAUUAUAAGAAUCUGAGCAGGCGACCUGAUUUAGGUCUCUCAGCUUAUGAUGUUCACGUGGACGGCUCCCCGUGCGCAUUCUCCAGUGCUCUCCGACCGAUUCUGAAUGUGCGACCUGGAUACGAGCACUGGGCUCUGAACCGACCUCGUGAAUUCAGUGCUGAUCUGCUCAUGAUUGGUUUCCUGGAACGUUCAGGUGUCCCCUAUGAUAUUAUCACGGAUCAUUGCUUAGAUACCAGAGGCCCACAAGCGACGGCUCAAUAUUCGACUCUUAUCACGGGUUGUCAUCCCGAAUAUCACUCUCUGCGAACGUUGGAUACCUUGAGUGACUUUGCAAAGUCGGGCGGUAACUUGAUGUACCUAGGCGGGAAUGGGUUCUACUGGGUCGCUGAUAUCGGUGGUGCUCACUCUCACCGUCUGGAAGUUCGAAAGGGCGAUCAAGGUUGCCGUUCAGUGACAUUCCCCGCUGGCGAGCGAAUGCAUAGUCUAACCGGCGCCCAAGGUGGACUUUGGCGAAGCCGUGGUCGCGCUGCAAACUAUCUUUUUGGUAUUGGACCAUGCGCCUUCGGUACCGGCAAAGGCGUGCCUUAUAGAGCAAACUCACAAUACGUCCUCGACCCUAAAUAUGCUUGGAUUUUUAAUGGCAUCGCGCCAGAUGAACCCAUUGGUCAGGAUGGUUUUGGGGGCGGUGCUAGCGGUGAUGAGAUAGAUCGCCUAGACUAUGAGCUUGGAUCACCAUCUGACACGAUCCUCCUCGCCACCAGUGAACGGCAUGACGACAGUUUUGGGCUUUUUAAUGAAGACUCUAUGUUUCCGAUGGUGAACACACUGGGCUCCAAUUGCGAACGUGUCAGAAGUGAUCUGAUCUACUACGAGACGGCGGGUGGCGGUGCAGUCUUUUCAGUUGGUAGCAUCAAUUGGUAUAGCAGCCUUGCUUGGAACGCAUAUGAAAACAACGUCGCCAGAUUGACUAACAAUGUGCUAAAAGAAUUUAUUACACGAGGAAAAGGUAGUUGCUAG